CUGACAAUCAGUUUAUGUGAAAAUGGAAGCAAGUGUGUUAUGUGAAACUCCCGGGUGCAAGUCACUUGCUAUGUUACAAUGCCCAACAUGUAUUAAACUGGGUAUUCAGGGUUCUUUCUUUUGCAAUCAGGAAUGUUUUAAGAAGUCGUGGAAGUCGCAUAAAAUCAUACAUUCGUUGGCGAGUGAGAGUACAGAUGGACCUGGAGUGGAAUACAAUCCUUGGCCAUCUUAUACCUUUUCUGGUAAGCUGAGGCCUUAUCCUCUGGGGCCGAAACGAAUUGUACCGGCUCAUAUAGGCCGCCCGGAUUAUGCCGACCAUCCUACGGGUUUCCCGGCAUCGGAAAAUGCAGCGAAAGGUUCUGGGCAAAUUAAAGUGCUCGAUGAUGAGGAAAUAGAAGGAAUGCGUGUCUCUUGCCGUCUUGGCAGAGAAGUUUUAGAUGAAGCUGCCAAGGUGUGUGAUGUUGGUGUGACUACUGAUGAAAUUGACCGGGUUGUGCACGAAGCCUGCAUUGAAAGGGAGUGCUACCCUAGCCCUCUCAAUUAUCACAAUUUUCCAAAAAGCUGUUGCACGUCAGUGAAUGAGGUUAUUUGUCACGGAAUCCCAGAUUCACGUCCUUUAGAGGAUGGUGACAUAUGUAAUGUAGAUGUGACAGUUUAUCACAGAGGCUUCCACGGUGAUUUAAAUGAGACAUUCUUUGUUGGUGAUGUUCCGGAAUCAACUAGAAAACUUGUACAAAUUACAUAUGAGUGCUUACAGAAGGCAAUAGAAAUUGUAAAACCAGGAGAGAAGUAUAGAGAAAUUGGGAAUGUCAUACAGAAACAUGCACAGGCUAACCGCCUGAGCGUAGUUAGAUCAUAUUGUGGUCAUGGAAUACAUAGAUUGUUUCAUACAGCCCCUAAUGUGCCUCAUUAUGCAAAGAACAAAGCAGUGGGUGUGAUGAAGCCGGGACAUUGUUUUACAAUAGAGCCGAUGAUUAAUGAAGGUGGCUGGCGUGACGAGCAGUGGCCAGAUCAAUGGACUGCUGUCACUGCUGAUGGCACAAGAUCUGCACAGUUUGAACAAACUUUGUUAGUAACAGAGACUGGUUGCGACAUACUUACACAGCGGGCAUCCGGCCGUCCAUGGUUCAUGGACCAGCUUGAAAAAUUCAAGUAAUCAGAUAUAAUUACGCAAAUCAUCCACUGAGCUGAUAUAUUCUGAAUAUAGUGUGCAAUAUAGAAUAAAUAUUCCUAUAUUUAUGUCUAUGUACUUAUGUACAUGAAAAAUUCAACAGCACAGAAUUCUUUAACCCUUUAUUUGAUAUUAAAUGUCAUAAGUGGUAUGGGAUUCCUUUGAACAAACUUAAAAAUUAAGUAAAUAAUAUAUAUAAUGCUCUUAGUACCGUCCGCAAAUCAAUACCUAUCUGCCAAAAAUGUCAAUUUACAAUAGUUAAGUAUAAAAGCCAAAUGUAAUCAUUAUACUCAGUGGAUGAAUAUAAAAUGUGUUUGAAUUUGAGUGGUAGGGUGCUGUUUCGCUGAUUUUCAAUAAAACAUCACACCAGGGAAAUCUUAUGUCUUUCAAUGAGUUGUGUUCAUUAAUUCUAAAUCCAGCUGUUUUUAAAUUGGCUGUAUAACAUAAAGUAUGUUAGUAAAAAAAAUAUUGUUUUGAUUUAUCAUCGGCCAAUAAUUAAUUCGAUUACACAUUACUAAUAACAAUGAGCUUACUUACUUGUGAAUAUCUGUCGAUUCAAAUUAGACUGAUUUAAUUUGCUUGAUACUGGUUAUUGGUCGAUAAAUAACAUGUAAUAUGAAUUCAUGAUUCCUUAAAUGUGAAAGUAAAUAAUUACAUGCUGUGGCAUGCACAUGAAAAAAAUAAAACACAAUAUUUAUAUAUGCAUCUCAUUAUACAGAUAAUAAUAAUUAUAUAUUGUGGAAAAUUUUAAAAUGUUGCAAUAUUAUAUGGGAAUAAUAGAGUUGAUAAACCUAUUGGUUUGACUGAAAAGUGACUGCGAAAUACAAACACAUACGGAGUAGAAUGCUUUUUCAGAAAGUACAUUUUUAGUAUUUUCUACUACUAAUGAACCCAAAUGACAAUAAUAUUAAGUAUAUCACAAAUUAAAACCAUUAACAAGAUUUACAUAGAAAUAAAACACUUAGUAUAAUAUUUCUCAAUAGAAAUGUUAAAUAUUUUCUAAAAUUUGAAUUGUAUGGUUAAAAAUUUUUUUGGUUCGAUCUAUAGUUUGAAUGGAACAAAACAUCGAAUUUUAAAAAUGGGUAUAUUUGGUUGCAUGAUUUGUGCUUUGCAUAUUUAUUCAUUUGAGACAGAUGAAUAUUCCUGUAAGAAAAAACUAAAUUAUUCUUUGUCUUCCAAUUUCAAAUUAUUAAAUGUUUCUUUUAAAAAGUCUUAAUGGAUUUCUCAACUAAUUAAUUUCAGACACCUAAUUAGUAGUAGACAACAAUUAGACGCAGUAGUUGGUGAAUUCAUAACUUCAUACUAAUUCAAUAUAUUUUUUUAUUACUACAGUUGGAUGAAUGAUACUGUUCCUUUAGUUAUUUUAAUUAAAAAUUUUAAAAACGACCAAAGUUUUUCAACCUAUCUAAAUACAUUUCUAUUCUAUAUUCCUUUAAACAUUUAUAUUGAAUUCUCAUGUUAUUCUAUAGUUUUUAAAACUUAUUUUUAAAUGUAACAUAAUAAACAUACUCA